AUGCUUUUUGUUGUCCACUCUUAUGUCGUCGGAUCUGCACAGCAUCCACUGGUUGAAUUAGAGAAGUUGACUAAUGGCAAUCGGGAAAUGAUGGAUCAAAAGUUGCUUGUGUGGUAUUAUGAAGACCAACUCAAGAAAAAAUAUAAAAGUUUUAUCGAUGCACUUCAGCUGGCAAUUAAAAAUAUUCAAUUAAACCAAUUUUCACUUAACUUAUUUGAGAAUUAUGGAUCCGGUUAUUACCAAAUAUCUAGCGUUGGAUUCGACGAAUCUGAAUCUUUUGGAUCUCUGAAUUCCUUAUCUAAAGAAUGGAUCUAA